AUGUGUUGGGCGUGGACGGUGGCGACGGCUGCCUGCCUAGUUGGUUCUCAGCCUGCAGGCCAUGCGCUGGCUGACCUGGAAGAGCUCGACCUGGCAGAGACCUGCGAGUCCUGCCUGGCGAAGGGUGGUGGUUGGUGCACCACAGAGCAACGCUGCGUGGAAGACGACGUGGCCUAUUGCGAGGCGGAGAGCCUCAUUGGCUUGGCAGGAUUCACGGAUGAUUGUGGCUCGGACGAAGAGGGCCAGAAGCCGCAUGUGCGACCUUGGAUCGACAAAGGCGUUCUUGUGUCCUACAUCCAUGAGAAUGGUACGUGCUGCGGCACGGGCAUCGUCCACCGGGCGUACCACGUUCUCGAAGAAUACACUGUCCUCCUUCAGGACGGCUCCAAAGAGGAAGUGAAGACAGAGCGGUGGAACAAGCGGAAGCCCGCGAAGAAGAAGGACGAGAAUUCGGAGUACCACAACAUCGAAUUCAGGUACUUCAAGCCCCAAGAGCUCACAGUGCUUUCUGGGCUUCGGCCCGGGGAUUUGGUGCAGGCCCACUUCGCUGUGAAGACCAAGGACGCUGGGGAAGAGCUGGUCAAGAGCCGGCGCACCGAGCCGGCUGUGGUGGUGAACACCACCAGGACGCAUGUCGCAGUGAACUUUACCUCGGACCACAUCGUGAGCAUUUUGCCUCGGGACUUCCUGGUGGACUUGACGAACGACACCUUGGCACCUGGUCGUGCCAGGCAUACGGAGCUGUGA